CACGCACACGGCACACCUGCUCUGUCCAGCAAGAGCUGCAAGACAAGCUCUCUUCAAGCAACCCUUCCAGGUUGGUCCAGACAGCACGGACCAAUGUGCCCGCGGGCUGCACACAUCGGACCUCAAUCAAUGCGACGACUGAGAGUCUGAGACUCAGCACAUCUCGAGGAAGCCAAGAUGGAUGCGCUGCAGCUCAAGGACGAGUUGGGCCAGAUUAGCGAUGCCCUCAGGGGUUAUCUCGAGCACGGUAUCGCCGCCAAUCGCAAGGUGCAGCCGCCGCGGACGAAGGCAGGACGAGAUCUGCUGCAACAACUACUGGGCCGCCUCGAUCAUGUCUCGAGCCUGGUCGAUGUCCACCAGAGACUCCUCCCACCACCACCAUCACCAUCACCGGUCCCACUGCCUGCUGCAACAACACCUCAAGCAUCUCAUCAUGACUCCCCCGUCCCACCACCCCAGCAGCAGAUUCUAGCACCCCCGGUUGGGAUUCCAGAUGCUCCAAAGGAAGAGGUCCCGCCUGUUGUCGUUCAACCAAAGUCCGACGCUCAUCCUCAUACAGCUACGCCUAAUCUCAUGACCACCAAUCCUUCAAGCGCUCAAUCCCCUAGUCCUCCUGUCCAGCACCACAGCCCCCCAAGUCAGGCCGGUCCUGAGAUCAGACUGAAGGAUGGAUCUGUCUACUCCAGCCCACUGCUCUCCGAGCACGCCGCUCCCCUCUUCGAUUGUACUUACCAAGAUAUCCGCGUCCUCAAUGAGGAACUCUUUGAGCUGUACUCGAGCCAUCCCAUUGUGAAGGAACGAGGUUAUUUCAAGCUCCAAGUCCGGGACCUGCCCCCCGUUGCCGUGCAGAAAGUAGCUCGCCCGAGCAAGGACCAUGCCACCUCAUUCUGCUACAAGGCCGACCGGCUCGGCCUCGUCAAGGUCGACACGGGCAAGCGACUCAAGUUUGACUCACCCCAUCUCCCACUGCCGCUGAGCACCAAGAUGGACUGGUCACUUGACGAGCAGCGCGAUCUAUGGAACACCUCCGCUGCAGACCCGCCAAAAGGGACACGCCCCUACGUUAUUGGUAACCCACUAUUCGACGACGUCGAGCUUUCUCCGGGGGAGAAGCUGCGGCGCAGAGGUCGGACGCUCCUUGAGGGCAUCAAUACUCAAUAUGUAUACUUCAACUUGACCGGCAAAACCAUCACGACAAUGCACAGGGAGGAUGCCCAUGUGCGAUCCGAGAACCUCCUCCGCUCUGGCCAGCACAAAUUCUGGUGCUUCAUUAAGCCCGCCUUCUCCAGGAAGUUAGAAGAGCGGAUGGCAAUCGAGUAUCCAGAGAUGCGCCGCUGUUCGCAGGCCGUCAGACACCUUAGCCGCAGCAUUCCUCCGGCCCGGUUGGAUGACUGGGGAAUCGAGUACACUCUGGACUACUGCGUACCUGGACAGGCCGUCGUGACAGAGCCAGGGACAUAUCACCAAGUCCUGAACCUUGGGCCGAAUUACGCUGUCGCCAUUAAUCUGGAAUACAGCUCGUCACCAGACAUGCCUCUCGAUUAUCGAUUCUGUGACAGACUCUGCCCUGACAAGUUCGCCAUCUCCGCUGACGACUUCCGGAUUUAUGACAAGCCAGAACCUCCUGCGGAGGCAGAGCUACCGCGCACUCCUGAGUCGUCAGGCUCACAAGAGAGGCCGGCUCCGGUUUCGGCUCCAGAAGGCACCGCCUUGAUGCCGCCCGGAGCGACGGUGUCCCAGCCUCCUACGCAAUCAGCAACACCGCCCCCUGAGAAACAUGAACAGCAUUCCCACCCCCCCACACAGGCCGUUAAGAAUCUAGCAAGGCUGCCUCUGCCUCCGCAGGAGGACAAGGUCAACCCGCCCCCACCAAAUGAGACAAUUCUGCGCGCUCCUUCGCGAACUCAGAACUUGUCACCAGAAAGCCAAGUCCAUUCUCCGCAAACAGUUCUGCAGCCCCCUCUGCUAGCUCCCCCGCGAACCCAGAACCCCUCUUCGGAAGCCCAAGUCCACUCUUCACAGACAGUUCUGCAGCCCCCUCUGCUCAGCAGGCCGCAGGGCGAACUCUGCUGCUCAAAACCAAACUGGGAGGAAUUGCCGCCGAUAAGGAAAACAGCAAGGAUGAUCAAUCCCAAAAGACGAACAGAGACGCCGACGCCGACGAAGUCAAAGAGGCAACGGGUUGAGGAGGCCCCUACUCCUCAGGAUCCUCCACCCAUCGCUGCUUUUGAGCAUCUCGCCACGCUCCUCCGGCAUCGAGAGAGCACCAGCGUCGAGAGCCAGUUCGUCGAGGCGCUUUGCGGCAAGUCGGCAUUUGAGCGCCUCGCACACCUGGUUCGCGAAUGGAGACGGUACUCCAAGUCCACACCUAUAAUGCUGGGCGGCAUGAACCUGGGAAAGUCAGUCGACGAGUCGAUGCAGGGGUACCCAGAACUUCGCGUGUUUCUCUUGCGACUGUUCAAGUUGAAAUUGUCAGAAUGCUUCGAAAAAGCCAUGGCCGGAGCUGGGCGGCAGCUCUCAGCGCAAGGCCUAAUGGACGGUAUGCUGCGGAUGCUGAAGUGGGACGACGCAAAACGGCACAAGCUGCACGAUUACCUGCGUGAAGGCAAAUGCUGGAAGACGAUCUGCGACAAGCACGACGGCCUCCUCUCUCUCAUGCCCACGGAAAACGACGACUGCCUGGAUCUGGCGUUGUUUAAGGACCAACUCGCGCGUUUCCAUAAGGGUCUCGACACAGAGUUUGUACGCAAGAUGUGCGCCGCGGGCAGCACCUUGCAAAAGUCAAUGUGGGACUAUCUGGAACUGCCCGAGUUCGUCUGGGAGUCGGCCACCACCACGUACCUUUCCGCGGACCAGAUCCUGCCGCUCCUGGCGCCGUUCCGUCUUCUCAAGUCAAACUAUUUUGACUACAGAUGCUACUACUGGCCGAAACCCGCCCGCUGGCACUGGAGCUGGCCCAUGGACCCGACGUCUGUCAUGCCGGGAGAUCAACCCUGCGACCUCUGCACUCUCAAGAGCAACACCAAAACCUGCCGCUGCAUCGACACCAAGGUGCCCCGCAUCCCGCGCAUCUCAGACGACAGGUCCAAGGGCCCCGGGAUCCGCGCCGUCGGGUCCCACAGGGCCAACGACAUACUCGGCGAGCUGGUCGGGGAGCUGGUGCCCCUGGGCGCUUUCCCGGGUGACUGGACCAUGGACUUUUGCAGGCCGGACCUCGACGACGAGCCCGUCGCCGCCAUUUACCCGCGCCGCAUGGGCAAUUGGGUCCGAAAAGUCUGCCAUGCCAGUACGAAUCCUUCGGCCGUGUUUCGGGUCAUGAAGAUUUCCGGCCGGUGGAGGCUGAUGCUUGUUGCCGCGAGGAAUAUUGGGGACGGGGAGGAGAUUACGGCGAAGUAUGGACGGGGGUUUUCCAAGGAGCUGCCUUAUGACCUUGUUGAGGGGUUGCGGUGA